GCGAGCAGAUGGAGGACUCAGUAGAUAUAAAUACGUUGUCCAGAUCCCGAUUUGUCUCUUCGGUGGACUCACCGCUCGUCACGGUCACAUGAUGGAGUUUUGAUCACCGAGGUGGAUCGAUCGCCCGAUCGCGAAUCGCGAAGUGGACUCCAGAUCCAUUGGAUCUUACCCUUCGCCGCGUUCACGACCGUGACACUCCAUCGGCAGCCGAACUUCUGUACUGUAUUCCUCACCACACGCUGCUUGUGCCCAAUGACUCGCAGCAAUCCCAACUUUCCCUCCGACCUCGACAUCAAGCCCUCAAGUAGCGUGCUGAACGGUUUCAACCAACUAUCAGAUGAUAGGUUCGGCGCAGACGCGCAAACACAGGCUAUUCAGGCCUAUGGAAUAGCCGGGCGUGUUUGGGAAGCGUCGUAUGCUAUGCUAGCCUAUUUGGAUCGCGCAUCUCCCACUCUUGACGGCCACGACGUUAUAACUCUGGACCCACCGCCCUUCACAGAGACGAUUCAUCUGUCUGGCAGCACGUCCGAGGACGACCCAUUGACCAUCCUUGAACUGGGUUCUGGUACCGGGUUGGUGGCAGCACGCAUCGGGGCAUAUCUGCAACACGAACGCGCCAUCAUGGUCGCGACAGACCUCCCAGAGGUCUGCUCGCUUCUCCAGAAGAACCUGCGAGGCUGCGCGACGGUAGAAGUCCACCCGCUCUCCUGGGGUAGCCACCAGGAUGCGCUGUCGAUCGCGUCCAGCCUAGCGUUAGGCUCCGCGCGCCGGCUUGCUUACAUCAUAUGCAGCGACUUGGUAUACUUUCCCGCUCUCCUCGCGCCGUUACUGCGCACCCUCCUCCAUCUUACGUCCGAGCCCGUCGUCGCGCCUUCACAACCACCCCCGAGGAUUAUCGUCUCCUACAAAAUCCGCAGUCUCGCGAAGGAGACAUCAUUUUGGGGUGCAUUCGGACUGUGGUUCACGUUCGCGCCUGUGCUCGCCAGGCGUAGAGCUUCAGGGGAUGGUGAACGUAACGAAGGCCGGUGGGAUCGAUUCGUCCCUGUUCCCGGACAGGACGAGACGUUCGUGUUCAUCGGUCAUCGACGACCGGAGUCGAGGAUCUGGAGUAUCCCGGAAGACGACGAGGGUCUGCUCGGAGGAGUUGGCGCAUGGGGUACGAUGGACCACAAAGUAGAUGACACCUUCGAGACGAUGUUGUUGAUGUCACUCGGCACAAUGGAUGAAUGA